UUACUUCAUUCUCAAACUCCGAGCUAGGCAAGAAAGCGCCUCCUGUUUUAUUCUGCGCGAACGCAUCCAGUGAGCACGGCAGUCUGUGCUGAUCACAGCAUCGCAUUGCCUCCGCGUAACAAGACAGAGAGGAUUGAACGGAGCAGCGGUACGACGGGAACAGCUAGUGCGCAAGAGAAGGCGUUUAUGUGCGCGUGGAAGACGUUCCGUUACAUACCCAAGAGACGACACGCUGAUGUUUUUAAUGUGACAGUCAAAAGUAGAGGAUGUACUCUAAUAACUCGGAUUGAUGCAAAACCUGGACACUGAAGCAAACCGACUGCAACUCGUGCUGGAAUAUAAAGUGAACAGUGAAGUUGCAAACUUUAAAGAGAGACGCACGGACGUUGGGCAUUUACGCUUUGAUUGUAUUUGGAUGCGAGUGCUGUCUUUAAGCUGAGGGUUUUAUUUUCUGCGAUUUUCUCCAUUCAAGAGGUGGGCGAGGACCAGCGAAAGCUCCCACAUCCAGCCCGGUCGGAGCGUUGGAAAGCUUUCGGGCGCACACUUUAUUUCUGGACUGCUGAUAGUGACAAGUGUUGAAGACUCGUAAAAAGAUGCUGGCGUUUUACAUCGCCUUGUGCCUUUUAGGAACAGUGUCUGAAGCCGCCUACUUCUCCCAGCAGCCACAGGACCAAGUGGUUGUUGCCGGCCAAUCGGUGACCCUGCCCUGUGUGAUCGUGGGAUAUCGAGGCAUGGUGCAGUGGACAAAAGAUGGCCUGGCACUGGGCGGAGAACGAGAUUUACCUGGUUGGGUGCGUUACUCACUGGUGGGUGACCCGCUAUCGGGCGAGCACAGCCUGGUGAUCGAUUCGGCUGAGCUGGGUGAUGAUGCGGUCUACGAAUGUCAAGCAACGCAGGCUGGGCUACGAUCACACAGAGCCAAACUCACAGUGCUGGUGCCACCUUCAGAUCCUGUAGUGGAGGGAGGGCCGGUGGUCAAACUGAAAGCUCACACCCCUCAUAACCUGACGUGCCGAGCGUCUGGAGCGAAACCCGCCGCAGAGAUUACCUGGUACAGAGAUGGAGAGAUAAUGCACAAUACCAUCUACUCUAAGAGUCUGAUGGAGGAUGGAAAGAGAGAGACUGCUGUUAGCUUGUUACCCAUGGUGCCCGAGGAUAGCGAUUCUGGACGUACCUACACCUGCAGAGUCCUAAACCCUGCCGCCCCUGCUGGCCGCCAAACUUCAAUUACCAUCAAUGUUCAGCAUCCUCCGUCUGUGACUCUGUCUGUUCAGCCUCAGACGGUGAUGGAAGGAGCAAAAGUGUUGUUCAUUUGCUCUGCCUCUGCCAACCCUGAGAUCACAGGUUACAGAUGGGCCAAAGGUGGGAUUCCCAUAUCGGAGGCCAAUGGCGACAGCCUGGAGGUUACGGUGGAUCACUCCUACUUUACAGACCCAGUGUCCUGCGAAGUGUCCAACUCAGUAGGGAGUACCAACGUGAGCACCUUGGUCGAUGUACAAUUUGGCCCCAGGUUACUGACUGAACCUAAACCCCAGACAGUGGACAUCGGAAUGGAUGCUGCCUUUACUUGUUCGUGGACGGGCAACCCUCCCCUCACCCUGGCCUGGACCAAACAAGGCUCCAGUGUGGUGCUGAGCAACAGUAAUACAUUGCAGCUGAAGGCAGUGACACAGGAGGAUUCUGGGACGUAUACCUGCAAAGCCAUUGUACCGCGGAUCGGUGUGGCAGAGCGAGACGUAACUCUUACUGUCAACGGCCCUCCCAUCAUCACGGCUGAUGCCACGCAGCAGGCUGUCAAGCAUUCCAAGGGCAAACUGGAGUGCCUGGUGGGCAGCAGCCCACCCCCUGACAAGAUUGUGUGGACAUUUGGGGACAUGAUGUUGGUGUCGGGUUCUUCUGGUCGUUUCUCAGUGCAGACUGUAAACAGCGAUCGCGGAGUCCUCUCCUCGCUCAUCCUUUCAGAGACUCUCGCCCAAGAUUUCCAACUUAAAUACAACUGCACUGCUUGGAACCGCUUUGGCACAGGCACUGCGCUGGUCACCCUUGAAGAAGAAGAGGCUCUUCCCUUGCUUAUCAUCAUUGGCGCUUCAGUGGGAGGAGGCUGCGUCUUCAUCGUUUGUGUUGUUACCCUGGUUUCCAUCUGCUGCCGACACGCUGCUAAAGGCAAAAAGGGCACCCGUCUGUCUAAGAGUGACAUCAGAGUACAAAUCGUCCACAGCGAUCACAACGCGGCACGUGGAAAUGAUGAUGAAGAGGACGUGAAGGAGCCUAUGGCACCCAACAGCAGUGAGUCUCCAGGAACAUCUCGGACAGAGCACAGUGACCUGCUGGAGGAGGAAGAUGAUGAGAGAUCAGAUAUUAAGGACCCCACCAAUGGCUACUACAACGUACGAGCUCACGAUGACCGCCACAUCUCCAGAACCGGUUUCCCUGAAUAUGUGUCAAAUGCGAGGCCGGUCUACACUCCCUCUCAGCUUCCCUCACCGAGCCCCUUGUAUGGCCAGCAAUCCACCCAACCCCGAAUUUAUGACUUCUCCCAGCGGUACGCAACGACCCCGGCCACGCGCACCACCUAUGAUCAACAACAGCCACAAGCAGCGCAACAACAGCAAACUCCCACAAUCUAUCCCCAGGAGCCCAUCUACCCUGGCUCCGCCUACCUGCCCGCCACUUACGGCCGCGCUUUCACUAACUACGUCAAGCCUACGUCCUACGAGAAGGUGGAUUCGUAUGAGACUUCAGACGAGGCUAGCAAAGUGUCCAACUCCUCCCGCUUUUCGUACGCAUCUUCGCAGGUGUCAUCGCAGCAGUCUGACUACGGCCGGCCUUCACAACAACGCAUGCAGACUCACGUGUGAUCGGCUCCCUGAAAGACCCAAUGAGGGUCUUGCAUGAUCAACGACAGAAGGACUUAGAUCAGACAUUGAGAGUCAAGUGUGCAUCGAAGUUGAAGAGUUAAAAAUGCGGUCCCGGGUUUAUUGGUGUCCUGAAGUCAAUGUUGGAUUAAUGGGCAACUUCGUUCGAAGGAACUGUGAUGUGCCGCUCAGGCUUGAGGUCACCUUCUGAUUGUUCAAGCUACUAAUGUGAUUCCUUCGUCCAAAUGAUGAACUUGAAGACAAAUGAACACUGUCCUUUAAUUUGUCUACGUGACACUGUUUUUCGUAAAAAUGUUCUAGCGCUGACAAUUCCAGAUCCUGGAAAGGGCAGUGAUGGGGAAAGGACUGCUCUUCUGAGCUAAAGGGGACAAGAUCAUGACACUACGCUAAAACACAAUCAAAAUAUACAUAAAGUACAAAAUGUAAAAAAAUACAUGUGUUUGUUGGCAUGCUGAUGGAAUUGUAAGCACAUUUGUGUAUCAAUGACAACAGGUCUUGCCUAAAUAACGUGGCUCAAAGUUCAAUCCACAAAGCAGGCGAGCUGAAGGAUGUUGAGCACAUGCGCUCGUACUGUAUUUUCCAAAAGCUCCAUUUGCAGUCAGCACUGCUUUUGGGCUCUCUAGAGAGUAUUUAUGUAAAUCCUCCAGUGCGGGAAACUGGAAUUGGAGUACUUUAAAGUAUACGGAUAAAACCAUAAGGUUUAUUUAGGUUUUAGAUUGGCCAAACCCCAAAUAUCUCUCACAAAUUUAAACGUGUGGUCU